AUGUUUCCAAGUAAUGUGAUUUAUGGGUGUUUGUCCAUAUUUCAAGUUUGUUUUGGGUUCACAGGGAACUCAUUGGUCUUCAUGUUAUAUGUGUACACCUUCUUAACUCAAUCUCACCUGAAAAAGCCCAUAGAUUUGAUUUUUUUACACUUGACAUUGAUCAAUGCUUUGACAAUUGUGUUCAGCUUGAUGCCAACUGUCAUGUCAUCCUUUGGAAUAAGACAUUUUCUGGAUGAUGUUGGUUGUAAGGCAACUUUGUACACGUGCAGAGUUACUCGGGGUCUUUCCAUGUGUACUACCUCCCUCCUGAGUGCAUUUCAAGCCAUAACUAUCAGUCCCAGUACUUCUAAAUGGACAUGGUUUAAAUCUAAAAUGUCUACAUGCAUGUUUCCUUCUUUCCUUUUCUUCUGGAUCAUGAACAUGCUCAUCUAUAUCCGUAUCAUCCAAACUGUCAGAGCCAAUCGCAAUGUCACAAUUGUUGGUCCUGGGUAUUCUCAAGUAUAGUGUCACACUAAGCAGGUGGAACGCCACUAUUCAAUGGCAUUUAUAAGUGGCAUGCUGAUUAAAGAUAUCCUCUUUGUGGUCCUUAUGAUGUUGUCCAGUAUCUACAUGGUGAAUCUCCUCUACAAACACCACCAGAGAGCCCAGCAUGUUCACAGCCGCAGCCUCUCUUCCCAGCCGUCUCCUGAAAUCAAAGCCACCCACAAUAUCUUUUUGCUUGUAAGUUGCUUUGUUUUCUUUUAUUGUGCAAACAACUUCGUUACCCUUUAUUUUUUUUAUAUACCCAAGAAAACCCCAGGAAUUCAGAGAAUUGCAGGGAUUAUUUCAGCAUGCUACCCAACCAUCUGCCCUUUUGUGCUGAUGAAAAAUAAUAAGAUUAUUUUCACAUUUACUUCUUCCAUUUCAAAAAUGAGAAUGACCUUUUUUCAAAGAACAUUCGGUAGAUGAUCUGACACCCACAACUUUCUUUGGCAACAGAGAAGUCUCUUCAGUGAUUUAUACAAAGAAAAAAUGCCAUGUGGCUAUUGAAGACUUGAAAUGGGGCUAGUAUAAUUGAGAUGAGCUGUAAAUUAAAAAUAAACACAUUUUGAAUUCUUAAAGUGAAUGAGUACACAAAUAUCAAAUUAAUAAUUUUCAUAUUGUUUACUUGUUUACAUUAUAAUAAUUUGGGUUAAACAAAAUAUAUUAAAAAGAUAUCAUUAGAACUAACUUUGUCUGCUUGGUUUUGCUCUUUUCAAAAUGUGGC